UAGCCCAUAAAGACCACAGGCAGACAGGCUCCCACUACCACUAACGAGAAGCUACCCUCGAGUCCGACGGAGAAGGGGAGGGCUACCGCCUUCUGCGCCGCCGCCGCCGCCGCCGCGGCAGGUUGGCCGCCUCCGAUCGAGUCCCGCUGGGGUGAGCUUGCCCCGGCGCCCGCCGCUUGUUCGACAAAAUGGCUGACCGGAAGAAGUGCAAGGCGGCGGCGGUCGCCACCACGGAUGGCGGUGGCGAGGACCGCAUCAGCGCCCUUCCGGACGAGGUCCUCCAGCGGGCGCUCUCCUUCCUGCCCUCCCGCGACGUGGUGCGGACGUGCGUGCUCUCCCGCCGCUGGCGCCACCAGUGGAAGUCCGUGCCCGCCCUGCGCAUCUACGCGUUCGAUGAUUGCCGGGACGUCCAGCACCUGAGUGAUUUCGUCACCAACUUUCUGCUCCGGCGCAACCGGUUGGCUCUACAUGAAUGCGACAUCACAUGCUUUGACGAGGGAGACGGUUGUGAGGUGUUCGGGGAGAACGCCAGACAGUGGAUCCGGUAUGCUGUAUCGUGCCAAGUUCGGGUGCUUCGUGUUUCUGUUGAAGCGCACACCCGUCUAUUUGGUGCGCCUCUCAAAGCCCAGCGUUUGAAGAGAUUAGAACUUUUCAGCGUGGAGUUGGGGGCCUUCUCCCUUGAUUUCUCUAGCUGCAGGGAGUUGGAGGAGUUGGAGCUGGGAGGUUGCAUCAUCAAAGACAAAGUAAAGCAGAUCUUAUCAGAAUCAUUAAGACGUCUGAGAAUCGAAGGAUGUGAUUUUUUCCGAAAUCGCACUCGCAUUUCUUGCCCAAAUCUCAUUUCCUUGGAGAUUACCGAUUUUACCUUGUACACUCCAGUGCUCAUGAGCAUGCCUUCCUUGGCAUCGGCAUUUAUCAGGUUUGGUGAACACUGUGCUGAUUCUUGUGACUGCUACUAUUACGGCGAAUUUGGUCCCGAUUAUACUGGAUGCCAUCACAGUACAGUUAAGGGCAAUGGCACUGUGCUUCUCAAUGGUUUAUCAGAUGCCAUCCAAUUAGAGUUGAUAAGUGGUGCCGGAGUGUUCAUUUUCAGAAGGGAUUUUAGAUGUUGCCCUACAUUUAACAAGCUGAAAACACUGUUGCUCAAUGAAUGGUGUAUGGCUGCUGACUCCAGCGCACUAAUUUACUUCCUCCAACACUCACCGGUUCUAGAGAAACUUACUCUUCAACUUCGGAAGAGCCAACGUACUAUGGUCAAAAGAGGUAGCACGAACAAAAAUCAGAAUGAAAAAUUCUUGGUGUCAAAGCAUCUCAAGUUAGUUGAAAUUAAAUACUGUGAGGAUGAGAUGGUUCAACAAGUUUUACAUGUCCUAAGUGCUUGUGGCAUACCAUCCGAGAAAAUUAUCAUCCAACGGAUAAGCUCAUGGGCUUCUGGAGGUUUUAGUUUCGAGCAGAGGAAAUAGGCUCGUUGAUUGUUGAGAAUUGUGCCCCUGAAUCUGGCGCCACGAAGCUGCUGGCUUCCACGUCUGUCUAUCAAGAUCAUGGGUAGAGUGACAUUCUUAGGAACUAGUAGUAGUAGAAUGAGCAGCCUGACUUGCUUGUUGGGACUAGUAUGUUUCGUGUGAAUAUCUGAUGGCACAUGGCAUGUUUCUUGUGCUUCCUUCUGAUUAAACUCAUUCAUGUUUGGUAAUGCCUGGAGAAAUUGUGUUAAUAUGUGCUGUUCUUGAGUAGAAGCUGAAACUGCAGCCUGAACUGAAACACUGCUGAAACUUGUGUGUCCAACAGAGCUCUAUGUUGCCUUAAUUUUGGACUUUA